AUGAGGAAAAGGAUUGCAAUAGAAAAAAGGAAGUGGCUACCUACGAUAGAGAGGCCUAUGACAGCCUCAAAGACAGAAGCUCACCACCACACCAGAGAGGCCAUGCACCCUACUACUACAAACCCUCAGGUGAGGAAAUGGACUUCUCCCAGAGAUAUGACAGACAUGGCAGACAUUUUGGAGAGGGCAUCUCCUCCAGAAACUCUCCUAGGGAAGCAAAAAGGCCUACAAAAUCCUACAAAACACACAGGUCAGAACAUCACAACAAAUAUCAAUCUGAGAGAAGGUCUCCAAUCAUACGAUCUGGAAGAAGAGAUAAUUCCCCCUUGGAACACAAUGGUAGAAGGGAUAACAAUGACCUGA